AAUGUCGCUGUUGUCGUACACCAAGACUGCGACAGCUUUUAUAACAACGUUGAUCAUGAUGAUGUGGAGAUCGAAAAUGAAGCUGCCAGACCAGUGAUAACCGCGAACAUACGUCGGCCCGGCAGCGCCGUUUGGCCGCGCAGUGUUAGUGCUGAGUUGAACGGACCAACAACAGUCUGCUCCUUCACCUUCGUCUCCUCGUGUUCCUUUCCUUUAACUUCUUUGCUUAAGAUCCAUCUUGUUUCAAGUUCCUUAAGACACAGCCCUCGCACUUUAUUUCCCGAUUUUCUGAAUAUAAUGGCAGAGGACAAGAUGAAGCAGGUCGGGCCGUCGCCGAAUAAUGCUACAACAGCGGAGCUGGAAAAGAAUCUGACAGAUUCGGAGCUGCAGAAGCUGAUAGAUUCGAGCCUCCGGGCCCGCCAGAACUCGUACAGUCCUUACAGCAAGUUUCCGGUUGGUGCAGCCCUUCUGACGGACGCGGGAGAGGUCAUUGAAGGGUGUAACGUCGAGAAUCUUUCGUAUGGACUGACUGUCUGCGCCGAAAGGACCGCCGUCUGCAGUGCAGUCGCCAAGGGUUACCGGAAGUUCCGUGCAAUCGCAAUCAGCGCAGAGAUGGGGCAAAGGUUCGUGGGCCCUUGCGGUGCGUGCCGUCAGACUCUGGCAGAGUUCGGACUCGACUGGGAGGUUUACUUGACUAUGCCGAACAGGCUUUACAUGAAGACCACCGUCGGCAAACUGCUGCCAGACAGUUUUAAUCCUGAAUGGGUUACGUUCUCUUAAGGCUUCGCCGCUUUCUUUUAUAAUGUACACAUGCCUGUCAUCUUUAUGCGCUCUCAGUUUUCACAUACUAGGAAAGGGCUUCUUCUUAAGUUGGCCGUUAUGUAAAUCGUACAGAAAACAAAGCUGGUGACAAAGUAAGAAAUUAUUUGAAAAUGCUAACAAUUUUAAUUAGUACAUUUGAAAUAUAACUAUGUGCGAUGUAAUGAGAAUAAUGUUAUGAUUAUAAUGAUAAUAUUGGCAAUAAGGGCAGUAACAGCAGAAAUUAUUAAGAUGUCAAUAAAAAAUAAACGGCAUAAACAAAAAUGACGGUAAAGAAAUCAAGCAAAAUACUUGCACUGAUAAUAAUGGUACUUCACUAUAUAACUAUACCAACUAUCAUUUCCUUGUUGUCGUAUUUACAGUUAAGUAAAAUAAUAUUAGCAACAUUAAUGAUGAUACUUGUAACCAAUAAUAUGUUAACUUGGACCAGACUAUGGACAACUUAUUGUAAAUCAUGUUAACAUAAGAUUCAAGAAAAGAGCAAAAGUGAUUGAUCGUGACCUGAUUAAGACAGGGACCAACACUGCACUGCCAAACACAAUAGCUGCAUGUUGCAGUUUCUGAUAGUAUGAAUGACUUUGAAGAAAACCUGCAAAUGUUACCCUUUGUAUGACUAUGUAGAUACGUCUCUGAUUCUGAAACCUAUAGUUCAGCCAUAUGCCAUUACAAUAAAAGUGCUAUGUAAA